AUUAUGAGAGUCGUCAGUGAAACUAAGUAUUAUAAAGUCUUAGCUAAACUCUAUGAUAAAUGUGCUUCACUAUCAGCAUAAUUAGAUAUUUAUGAAUUCGAUUCACCCAAAUCUGAAUUAUUUUAAUCAUCUGAUAAUAGUGACUAUCAAAUACAAUCAAGAGUCUAGAACAAAAAUAAAUAGAAGUAUCUUCCAAAUACAAUCAUCAAAUUAGAAGAAGAAUAAUAAAAAUAAAAGUACCAAUAUUUGGCAAAAAAUAAAAAGCCUAUUUCACAAAUGAAUGGAGGAGAUUCCAAAAAAAUAAAAAAGAAAAUAAAAAAAUCUAAAACUUAUGAUUUUAGUUCAUCAUCCUCCUAAACAUCGUCUUCAUAUAAUUGA